AAGAAAAUAAUAGUUAUGGCUGGAGCAGGAAUAAGUACACCAAGUGGGAUUCCAGAUUUUAGGACUCCGGGCUCAGGACUGUACGACAAUCUGAAGAAGUACAAGGUGCCAUACCCAGAAGCCAUUUUUGACAUUGAUUAUUUCGCGUACAACCCUCAACCUUUCUUUACCCUGGCUAAAGAACUGUAUCCUGGGAAGUACAAGCCGAAUUAUAUCCACUACUUUGUGCGGCUGCUACAUGAGAAGGGUUUGCUGCUGAGGUGCUAUACACAGAACAUUGAUGGCCUGGAAAGAAUGGCUGGAAUUCCUCCAAAGAAACUUGUUGAAGCUCAUGGAACAUUCUCAGCAGCCUCUUGUCACCUGUGUUACACCUCCUUCCCUGCAAAAGAAGCUCAGGACUGCAUAAUGAAUGACAGAUCUCCCCAUUGUAAGGUGUGUUAUGGAGUUGUCAAACCUGACAUCGUGUUCUUUGGUGAAGCCCUUCCAAAAUCAUUUGACAGAUUUUCCAAAGACUUUCCCGAGGCCGACCUGCUGAUUGUAAUGGGAACUUCUUUAGAGGUUGAACCUUUCGCCAAUAUUGUCAAUGCGGUGCGACCCAACGUCCCCCGCUUACUGAUCAACAGAGAUCUGGUUGGUCCAUUUAUAACCAAAACAAGGAAAAGCAGAGAUUUGGCAGAAUUGGGAGAUCUCUGUGACGUCACUAGGAAGUUUGUCAGGGCACUUAACUGGCAGGAGGACAUGGAGGACGUGAUGAGAUCCCACACGUUAUAG